AUGAGGCAAUCCUAUUCUAUGAUUUCAGUGCUCGCUGUGCUUGUGACCACCGAUGAACUGGUCACCGCGGUACCCACCUCCCUUCAAAUCAGAGGAGAAACUACCAAAGCGCCUCUGAUAAGCUCGAAGGGUAUUAAGCCAGAGGAUGUUGAUCAUGGUUCAUGGGAUUCUUCGUGGUUCAACUCCGUCGCUGUCGCUAUAGGUCAUGCUCGUCCCAACGAUCUGGAACAGUGCUGGAGUGGUAGCUCAACCGACGAGAUUACCGAAGCGGAUUUCAACCUGUACGACAAACAAGGUGAAAAGAAGACGUUGAAAGUAAAGUUGAAAGAUGUAAUGGACAAGAAUGAGGCGGAUUCCCAUAGUGUAAAACAAGGAUGGAAGCUGAUUGAAGGUAAACUUGCUUCUUCACCAUAUCGAUUGGAUACCGAUCAUUUCACCACCGGACAACCCACAGACGCUUUCAAGAUGCUUGCCAACAAGGAUGCCGAAGUAUACGAUUUCGCAAAAGAGCAGAACAAAGAUGAUCUGUGGACAUUGUUCACCUGGGCUGCUCAUACACCAAUUGUAUUUUCGUCUAUCGCCACGGACGGCACGGAAGUAUGGUUCGCGGUGUUAUCAGCGAAGAGCGGAGAUCUAGAAGAUGGUGAAAAACCUUGGGAGAAGGGGGAAGUCAAAUACUACGCUGCGAAUCGUCAUGCGAUCGAUACCCUCAAUCUGGCCAAGGAGGGCGAUCAGAUAGCUCAUGCCGUACACUGGAAAUUCGAUUAG